AUGAGUGUGCCUCGUGACGUUCUACUCGACGACCGGCAUCCCUUCCUUCCCCCCACUCUUGCCCUGUUCACGAAACUCGCUUUUUUCCAACCUAUGGCCCGGUUCUACUGGGAGUUCGAAGUCAUAUGGCAAGCCGUCUUGUUGCAAAGCUGGAUCGAGGUCCAAAAUUACCUGUACACCAUGGCUUGGGACGUCAAACGAAGAGAAGCUUCUCUUUCUCAGCAGCGGACAAGUUACAACUUCCUGUCCGCAGAGGUGCGCGAGAUGUGGAGGGAGUCUCAGGACGUGCGUAAGAAGCGAAUCGAGUACGACCCAUAUGCCUGCGGGACGGGUGUGUGUAAGUGGAGGCAUCGUCCUGCAUCGUCGGUGUUCGCCUCCGAACGUGGCUCGCUCAACUCGGCACUCGAGCUGAUUUACGAUAGCCUCUUUCCUCCUUCCUACCAGUCAUACAUAUGCUCCGCAGGAAGUUCAUCAUAGAUUUCAACAGCAAGCACCCCAAACUCGACCCUCCUCUCCAGUGGGGCGACAAUCUUUGUGCUCGCCUCGCCCCGUUCGGCGGUCUUGCGACUCUCGCUGAGGAUCGCCUGCAGUCCCAAGAAAGCACCGUCGCGGAUCCAAGUCAGAGGGUGGGUGCACUUACGAACGAAGAGAAGCGGCACCUGCGAGGUGGGUCAAAGCAGCACUUUUGUCUGAUAGUUCCAGGUACCAGGCUCGUUCGCUGACUGCAUCGCCAUCAGCCUUCGGUGUCCGUUUCGAUUCCAACCCUACCCCCGGUGACGAAACGGAGUUUGAACACGUGAUCGAUACGCGAUCGUUUGGCCGACCUAGAAGAAGUCACCGCGUUUCGACCACGAUGGGAUCCGCGGCUUCGUCUACCAUCACUACUCGGCAUGAACGUGUCUUGUGAUGGAGCGGUGUGAGGGCUGACUCGGAGGCGCUGAGGGCUCCGAUCCAUGAUCGAUCCAGAGCACCUCGAGUCAGGAACUCAAGAGGGAUGAGGGUGAUGAUGAGCUCUGUAGCUGCGAGCUCGAUCGACGCUCCGAAUACGUCACCUGCGCUCGACUCAACAUCAUCACCAUCGGCCUCAGCAGCGUCUUCGUCGUCGUCAUCGUCAUCCGCGCCGUGGCCGAGGGAUCCUCAGUCGCUCGAGUAUGCGCUCCUGUCGGGACUCGCAGGUGGGCUAAUAGGUCAGUCUGAGCCCCAGCGUCUCAUCGAAGUAUGCGUUACUGACUCUAUAUCCCCUCUUUGCCACCCACCUUGCACGACUGCCUCUCCCAUCCCGUGCUUCGUCCAUCCGACGGCUUACCCGUCUCGACCGGUCGUCGCUUCCCCCCCCUCUCCCGCGAAACCUCAACUUGAUUUCCCUUGGCGGCUCCCCACCGUCGGCAAACAGGCUGCAUCGCCAAGACCUCGGUCGCACCUUUAGAUCGAGUCAAGAUCCUCUUCCAAACCCGUGCACCGGACUAUGCUCGAUACGCAGGUUGA